UCCUUUUCCUGUAAUUUUCUCCAUUUUUAUAUAUACUGAAACUAGUCGGUAGAGUAUAUAAUUAUCUCUCCGUUUCUCUAUUUUAACCUUACCCUAACUUUACCUUAUGGCCACAGUUGUCGAGUUUGAAUUUCCCCAACUCGUCAACGACCUUCAAGAUCUAACCGUUGAACCUCAGAACAAAAUGAAGAGCACAGCUGAGGAAACACACCGAGUUGGGUGCGAGAAUAACCAUCAUGGGAUUUGUGCUAUUUGCUUGAAUAAGAUAGUGCUUGAAGAAACUGCCCUGGUAAAAGGUUGCGAGCAUGCGUACUGUGUGACUUGUAUCCUUCGAUGGGCAACCUAUAAAAAGGAACCAACAUGCCCUCAGUGUAAGCAUCCAUUUGAGUUUGUCUACAUCCAUCGCACACUUGAUGGAAGCCUUCAGGACUACAUGUUUGAGGAGAGCGUUUGCCUUCUCCUUAGGGCAUCAUGGUUUAAACCUUUGAUUGUGGAGGAAAGGGCGGAGGUUGAUGAUGAUAUGGAUGACUUAUACAUGUAUGAUUACGAAGAAGAAGAAGAUUUAGCAGAAGAUUAUUUCGUUAGUAGUUCAUCGAGACUCCGUAUCGGCAACAGACGAUGGGGUGAUAACGGAUAUGUUAGUGCAGGAAGGCAAGAAGCAAGGCCUGUUUAUCGACCUAACUCUCAGGAAUCUGGUGCUGGCCCCUCUCGUGAGCCGAAGAAGGAGGAUGCUGUUCCUAAAGAACUUGUUGGCCGGCGUGCAAAGAGGGCACUGAAGCGUGAAGCUGCUGAUAAGGCGGCCGCUGAGAAGCACCAGCAGCGUUUGGUUAGGAUGGGUCGGAAGUGAGUUGUGCUCCUAGACAACCCUAAAGAUCAUCACUUCAUGAAUUGCGCACCCCUGUACAGUAUUUUAUUUCUCUUGUUUGUAAAAUAAUUGACAUGGUCAAUAUGCUGGAUUUACUGGUAUAAUGGGAUGGACUAUGUUCAUGUCCCUGUUGUUAUUUCCACAUAUUUAUAAUCCUUGACAAAGGGGAAAGAAAACUCCUUGUUUUCCCCAAUAAAUGUACAUUGUUAGGUGAGUUUCAUAGUUGUCUUAGAUUCUUGACAUUUAGUAAUCUUUUUCAAUUCUCUUAUCUGCUUCAGAUAGCAUUGGAUGGAGGAUUCAAAAGACCUGUAAAUAUGUUCCAUUUGUUUAAUUUUUAAGGUAGUACUAAUUUAUGUGGAGUAA